GCUCGAAGCCGCGGUUCCGCGGGCACUGCCCAGGCAAGGCGGAGCCGCGAGGGCCCGCGGGUCUCAGGGCGGUCCCAGCAGCCCCAACGCAAGUGACCUGGACGCCGCCGCUUCCUGCCAGCACCAUGACCCAGCCCUUGCCCCGGCUUUCUGUGCCCUCCGCGCUAGCCCUGGGCUCGGUCGCACUCGGCGCCGCCUUCGCUAGCGGCCUGUUCCUAGGUAGACGGUUCUCUCCAUGGCGGCCCCGGCGAGAGAAGCGCCUGCUGCCCCCUGAGGACAGCCCCCUUUGGCAGUAUCUGCUGAGCCGCUCCAUGCGGGAGCACCCAGCGCUGCGGAGCCUACGGCUGCUGACCCUGGAGCAGCCGCAGGGGGAUUCCAUGAUGACCUGUGAGCAGGCCCAGCUCCUGGCCAACCUGGCUCGCCUCAUCAAGGCUAAGAAAGCGCUGGACCUGGGCACUUUCACAGGCUACUCAGCCCUAGCGUUGGCCCUGGCGCUGCCCCCGGCCGGGCGCGUAGUGACCUGCGAGGUGGACGCGGGGCCCCCAGAGCUGGGGCGGCCCUUGUGGAGGCAGGCUGAGGAGGAGCACAAGAUCGACCUUCGAUUGAAGCCCGCCCUGGAGACCCUGGACGAGCUCCUGGCCGCGGGCGAGGCUGGCACCUUCGACGUGGCCGUGGUGGACGCGGACAAGGAGAACUGCACCGCCUACUAUGAGCGGUGCCUGCAGCUGCUGCGACCCGGAGGCGUCCUCGCUGUGCUCAGUGUUCUGUGGCGUGGAGAGGUGCUGCAGCCUCAACCGCAGGACAAGGUGGCCCAGUGUGUGCGAAACCUGAACGAGCGCAUCCUGCGCGACGCCAGGGUCCACAUCAGCCUCCUGCCCCUGGGCGAUGGCCUCACCUUAGCCUUCAAGAUCUAGGACUAGCCUCUGGCAAGUGGCCUCAAGGGAGGGGCCCUGGGAACUCCAGCCAUUGACCUUGAGUUUUAAAUCUGACAAUAAAGUGGGGCCUGGGACACGA